GAUGUUCCUGAUUAUUUGUAUUCCAAGACGAGGGUCCAAGUGCAUAGCGGCAUAGCAAUGGCAUGGAUUCGACAAUCUUAAUGCAGGUCGCCAGCUACGGCACCAGAGGGACCCCAUGAUCCAUGAGGGCUCGGACCUCCUUCCAGCCCAGCCCACAGGAGUACACUCCCACGACUGCGCAUGAGAGCAAAGGCCAUGGCACCUCCAUACGCAGCACGCUCUUCCGCUCAGGGCCAUCGAUGACGCAGCAUUUGUUGCCGCACCUGCGGCCGGAGAGGCCAAUCAUUGCUCCAGUUUGGGAGGAUGAUGCGGCAGCGGACCAAGAACUUCGGAAGAAGCUGGCAGCAAUUAGCACGAGCUUUGCCGCGUUGGCCAAGCAAGUGGACGAAGAUGCCCGGAGGCGGAAAGAGCUGGAAGCUUCUCGCUGCCAGGAGCUGGUGGCCUUUCUGGGAAAGCUUGAGCAUGAGCUGAUGGAGGAGUCUCAACAUCGCGAGGAGGAACUGACGGACUUCAGACAGGCGAUGAACCGGCGCCUGGCAGACAUCAUCGAAGGCCUUCAGGAGCGGUUAUCUGAACGAUUCACCAGUCUUUUCUCCACUGUGGAUUCAUUGACAGACAGGUGUUGCACUCUGGAGCUCGGAAUCCAACAGUUCAAAGGCGAGGUGCCUUCGCAGCUGCAGGUGGAGCUCUCCUCUUUGAAGGAGCAGAUGAAACAUCUCAUCGACGACUUCAAAGAUGAGCAGAAGCGAGCUGAAACUCAGGAGGAUGCCCUUUUGCAGCGGAUUGAGGAGGUGGGCUUUGGGGUGGACGCAGAAAUGCAGAAGGAAUUGGCUCGGUUGGAGCGGCGCGGAGAGGCAUUGCAAGAGCUGAUCGACCAGCUCGCAUCUCCUCAUGAGAAUGCAGAAACCGCUCAGAUACGUGCUUUAACCCUGCAGCGGGUGGCAGAAGUGCGACAGGAGCUGCAGAAAGAGGCGACUCUGCGGGAGGCAGCUGAUGAUGAGGUCUGGCAGGCCAUCAACCAUUACCGGGCCACCUUGCACCGCAGCCUGAGUGCCAAUUGAGGCUGGAUUGGAGUGAGUUCCAGAAUCAGUCAUUGGCCAGAAGCAUUUUUGUUGGCUCCAA